AUGAAUCAGACAAUGUCAAUGUAUUCUCUAUUCAAAUGCCUUGUUUCUUUCCAUAUAUUGGCUAUACUACUCCUCAUACGCAGUGCUUCAUCCUUGAAUCUUACUAAUGACUAUCUUCACCACAAAUGCCGUGUUAGUCAAGGCAAAUAUCUGCCGGGAAGCCAGUAUGAGAAAGAUCUCAACUCUAUCAUCCGUACAGCCGCUACGGAUGAUUUUAUAGAUGGCUUCAUACACAUUUCUAAUGGUGAGGAUAUCAAUUCCACCACCAUCAUAUUCCAAUGUCGCGGUGACUCUUACAAAUCCAAGUGCGUCUCCUGUUUUUCCACCGCAGUCGCCGGGUUUCGUAGUAGAUGUCCGAGAAACAAAGGAGGAACAAUAUGGUACGACCAAUGUUUUCUUGAUGUGAAUAUGAUUAAUCUCCAUGCCCCAAGACGGAUGAACUACGAGAAUACUUUUUCUAUGCACAACUCAAACAACGUGAGAGGCAAUACAAACUCGUUCAACAAAAAGACAACUGAUUUCCUACAUAACUUGAUUGUAAAAGCUGAUACAACCGACGUAGACGGCCUCAACUUUCUAUAUUACGCAGCCGGGGAACUGAGGCUUGGGGAGAAAACAUUGUAUGCAAUGGUUCAGUGCGCGAAAGACAUAUUAAGUUGUAAAGAUUGUUUGAAAUGGAGUAUCAGGGAGCUUUCUAAGUGCUGCGAUGGUAAACAAGGAGGGAGAGUUUUGAGUACAAGUUGUAAUCUUAGGUAUGAGCUAUACCCUUUUCUUAGGACUUGA